AGUGCGCUGUAAACCGUUUUUGUGUUGCGUAUAAUUAUAAGAAAAAAGUCGAUGAAGAGUCCAACUGUCAGCUGACCAACACAACUGAGCAUGACUUUGAGGAACACGGAGGUAUCAAAGAAGAGCGAGAGUGGAGCUUUUACAAGAUUAACGUUGACAGAAGUCAUUUUCUGGCGUGCGGGAAGGAAGUAAAUGAAUGUCGUAAUGGCGGAACCAUGGUUUGGGAUCCUCGAGCUGAACAGUUUACUUGUUGGUGUUUGAAGUGUUACGAAGGAAAACAUUGCGAUAACGUGCCUAAUAGAGCUCUUGGGAUGGAAAAUGGUGAUAUUCGUGAUAACCAAAUCACGGCAUCAAGCGAAUACAAUAGUUUUCAUCGUGUGGCGAAUGGAAGAUUAAAUUUCUGCCCGAGCAGUGGAAGAUCUUGCGCAUGGUCAUCUUUGAAGAGUAAUAUUCAUCAAUGGCUUCAAGUUGAUCUUAAAAUAAUUACUCUAAUCACAGGAAUAGGUACCCAAGGACGCAAUCAUUUUAAUGUUAAUCAGUUUGUUAAGAGAUACACCAUCUCUUCGAGCAAAGAUGGGGAAACUUUUCAAUUCUAUAAACAAGAAGAAGCAGUCAAGCUUCCUUUUUAUCAACCAAGAGUGUUGAGUGCCCGCCUGGAAGCUGGUGCUUCUCUAGAUCAGUAG